UGAUGAGAGCGUAGGAUGUGCUGGUGGUGGUGGUGGUGGCUGCAAGUCAUCACGAUCACGACGAACGGAAACAAAUGAACGUGAGAAGGUCCCUGAAUUUCUACAUCAACAGAACGGAAAUUGAUUUGUGGCGAGCACAGCAACAUCAAAGGGCAUGAUGGGUGACUUUGUUGCUCAAACACAAGAACGGAAGUUUGCCGCUAGUCGCAUUGGGAAUCCCAGUUGGAAGCAAAAAGUAGGAAGAGAUGGAGACAACUGAAAGAGCACAAAAAGUAGUGAUUGAUUGUGCAUACAUACUAUCCAGCUGUAGCUACACGAUAGUACGACACAAAUCAGAGUGAACCAGAAUGAUUGUCUGUGUGUAUGUUUUUGCCCCAACUGCGGGCCGCUAAGUGCUAUUAGUAAUGGUUCCUUGGAGGGGUGGAAGCGUCUAGAAGCAGAAACACACAGUGUCGAUUGCCACAAAGUAACAAUUGGAAUGUAUAAGGAACGUAAGGAACCCCAAAACAAGGCAAGUGAAUAACACUAAAUGGUGCGGCAGGCGCAGCUGGCCGAUGAAAGCGAGCAUUGACUCAACGCAGCAUAAAACUCCACAUCUGCGAUACAUUCCAUGUGCCUGUUUGCGUAUGUGUGUGUGUUUUGGUGUGUGUGAAUGUGUAUCUGUGGAAUGUGCUGUUUGAUGAAUCUCGGCCUAGGCAUUAACAGCAUCGCCUGCUGCACCCCAGCACCAGCGCUCCCCUGACAACACAGAGAGACGGACGGAAGUGUCUUUUGUGCGUGUGACAGUUACCUAGAUACACAAAGAACCCAGAGAAGCAGAGUAGAAGCAAAGCAAAGGGGUGUAUUUUUUAAGCAAAAGAUUUUUUGUUUGAUUGAGUGUUUGCACUGAAUCAGCAGCCAGAUUGAUUGUAACUAAAACAGCUUACAUCCUGUAAGUGUGCUUCAAAGCGUCUGUGUGUGUGCUUGUUGUUUGCAUUCUGUUUGUGUGUCUGUGUGUGUGUGCCCCUUGUGGUGUGGGCUGUGUUUGUUUUAUACAAUUGAAACCAAUCGAAAAUUUAGUUCAAAUUCCUAUUAAUACAUGUCUGUACCGAUCGAUUUGAAAGUGUGGCACUCCGCUUUGGUUUAAUGCGAAGUUAAUUGAGCCCCUCUAACCAACCGGCACAACCACCUGACGCAGGCUGAACUCUUAAAAAAUCACGCAACGUAAGGUACACUGUUGCCUUCGCAGCCAUCGCCGCCUACUGCUAAGUCGUGUUCACCUACCUAAAUGCUGUAAACACGUCCUGAGAUACACCCUGCUGAUUGUUGACUAGGAUCAACAGUAUCAUCAUCAUCAUCAUCAGCAUCACCUUCCACACCGUCACCGUUUGCAAUUGCUUCGUAAAAAGGACAUAUUGCGUGUGUUGUGUGUUCUGUGUGCGUGCCACUCUGCUGCAGCUUUGGCAUGCUGUGUAACAACAACGACGACCCGAUGAAGAAGUAGUAGUAUCCGUAUUUGGGGUUUCAUUUUUCAGUUUUCACGAUCGUGUUGUGUUUUUUCUUAGUUUUGUUUGCAAAGACAUUCGUUUUUGUGAGUUUCUGUUACUGCGUUUUUGUAUUUAUAUUUUGUGUUUAUUAGUGUUUAAUGGUAUAGUUUAUUCUGCAGUAGAAAGAUUGCUUUCAAUCCAAAACUACCCGUAAGAGAGCGAGGGAGAGAUAAAGAGAUCACGUAAUAGAAAUUGAACAAGGAUAGCAAAGUUCAAACAAAUUUGCAUCGUGUAUACUAAUCCGUUUGUAUAAGUGUAUUGUGUAAAGUGUAUUGAACGUACGUGCAAAGUGCUCGUGUUUGUGUGUGAGUGUGCGUGUUUUAUUUUAAUUUAUUACGACACCAGAUUUCAUCUGGUACCGAGGACACACUUUGUACCCACUUCGGAGCAGGAGGGCUAAGUAAACCCACAACAAAGAGAGAGAGAGAGGAUACUCUAGGAAAGGCCAGAGCCAGACAACACGUCAAAAUGAGGAAAACCGACACACAAAUGAACGUAGCUGGCAUACGUCGCAACAUCAAGAACCUCGCCCACAACUACUCCGAUGCGCAGGUGAAGGUGCGGGAAGCCACCUCGAACGACCCAUGGGGCCCUUCGUCCACGAUCAUGGCGGAGAUUGCCGACCUCACGUACAACGUGGUGGCCUUCUCCGAAAUCAUGCAGAUGAUCUGGAAGCGCAUGAACGACCAUGGAAAAAACUGGCGACACGUGUACAAGGCACUGCUACUGCUGGAGUACCUCAUCAAAACGGGCACGGAGAAGGUGGCGCAACAGUGCAAGGAAAAUAUCUACGCCAUCCAAACGCUGAAGGAAUUCCAGUACAUGGAGGAGGGCAAGGAUCAGGGCAUGCACGUGCGCGAAAAGGCGAAACAGCUCGUAUCGCUGCUAAAAGAUGACGAGCGGCUGAAGAACGAGCGGGCCCGUGCCCUGAAGGCGAAGGAACGUUUCGCCCGAACGGCCAGCGGGUUCGGUAGCGAUGGUUCGAUCGAUGGCCCAACGCAGCGUGACCCAAGGCCACCGAACUGGGGCGAAGGUGAACCGAUUGCGGGGGCAGCAACGAGCGGUGUCGGCAAGCCGGUGUCUGAGAUUGAGUUUGUGCGACCGCAGACGGUCGGCGAGGAAGAAUUGCAGCUGCAGCUAGCGAUGGCUAUGUCGCGCGAGGAAGCGGAACAGGAGGAGCAAAAGCGCCGCAGCGACGAUGUUCGAUUGCAGUUGGCACUCAGCCAAAGCGAGCAGGACUUCAAGAAAGACGGCGAUCCCCCAGCAGGAAGUAGCGCGUUGGUGGAUUUGUUGGACAUUUCUUUCGGAGCGGCGUCCAUAAGCAGCCCGUCGCAGCAACCGCUCGCCGGCCCCUCCGGUACCAGUGGUACGAUCGAUCCCUGGGGAAUGCCCGUUGCCGGUGGAUCCCGACCGACGACGACGGAUCCCUGGUCGCGAACGUCAUCUCCGCCGGCGGUAGUAGAUCCGUGGCUAAACACUGCCUCGGCCCUACCUACGGCGGGACCAUCCACCUCGAAACCUCCGCUGCUUGGAGCGGACACGUGGCAACCGCGCACACAAUCGCCCUCGGUAACGUCUGGUUCGUCGGUUGAGGGAUGGUUGCAAAAUGGUGCAGGUGCGGGUGCCGCUGCCGCCGGACCGAUGAUGAUGAACGGUGCCGGAGCUUCAAAUGGAAAUCUGGACCCGUGGUACAGCAAAACGAAUGCUGUCCCUAUUGGAGCUACUGCGCCUCCCCUGGGCGUUGCGUCUGGCGAUCCUUGGCAAGCGAAUAAACGAUCCACGCCCGUGCCUACUGCUGCUGCUGCUGCCAGUGGUGAUCCGUGGCAGGCAAACGCAUCUGCUGUUAAGCUAGAUCCGUGGGCUCCAGUUAGCAAUAACUCAGCCACGGGAAGUGUUGGAGAUUUGGAAGCUACCUUUGGCGCAGCUGGUGGACCUCUGAUGAAUCGACCCUCACCCGUUGGUGCUAUCACUUCACCGGUGUCCGAUUUGGACGAGUUUGACAUUAUUACCAAGCGGGCGGCAAGCAACAACAGUAGCGGCAGCACCACCAACAACAAUAAUAACCACAAUGCCGCUAGCAACAAUCUGAAUAACAACAGUUCACUGCUACUCGGGGACCUAGAUCCACUGUCAUCCUCCGGCACGAACUCAAGCUCACCCAGCAUGGGCGCGUCGACGGCCGCAAAGAAGACACCGCAAUCGUUCCUCGGCGAAAACUCGGCCCUCGUAAACCUGGACAAUCUAAUCAAACCAAUGCCGAGCGGUGGCAGUGUGGCAGCAGCGGCCACAUCGUCCGCGGCAUACAAUCCGUUCGGCGAAACCGGCGGUGCCGGUGCACCCGUACAGAAGAACCUAUUCCAACAGAAUCAACCUCAGGUUCCGUCCAUCAAUCAAUUGAAACAGUCCCCGUUCCCAGUAACGCUUAAUCAGGACCCGUGGGCUCCGGUUGCAAACAUGACCACAGCGCAACACGCCACGUCCAGUAGUAAUGGGGCAUGGACGCUAAAAUAGAACGUCCCUUAACAGUCGUGCGCGUGUUAAAUCGGAAAAAAAACCUUUCCUCACCUUUCAUCCAUUUCCCUCAUCCCAACUAUUCACACCACUGCCUCCCUCCCUUGAUUCCUCUCACUUUCCCCCACUGUAGGUAGUAAUUGAUCCGAUCGUCCGUUAAAUAAUAUCCUGUCGUGUUGUGCGCAUUGGACCUUCAUUGGGUGUGCUGCUUCCAUGGGCUUGCUGGCUGGCUGGCGCAACAGGGAUUUGGUGAUUUGGGCUGAAUCUUCUAUCACACCCCACAAACAAACAAACAAUCCAACAAAACGUGUGCUCCAGUAACAUGCUUGUGCUUGUGCGGUGAUUGUAUGCUUUAGUAUAUGCCCGGGUAUGCCCCCAGCAACAUCAACAGAACAUCCAUCACUGUCUCUCUCUCUACAACACAACCCAAGCUGCUGCCUCCUUCGCGCGUGUAUUUAUGUGUGUGCGUAUGUGUUUGUAUUCCCUUGUACGGGUUUGGGCGCCGGAUCGAACCUGCGACAUCAACCACGUGUACCACACCUCUGAGGAACAACAACUGUCUGUUUUAUCCCGCUCGUUCAGUGUGUGUGCGUGUAUCCUACGGUAGCGAAAAGUGCUCGCUUCUGGUAAAGUUGUUUUGUUUCAGUGUGUUUUGGCGGGUGUGUUGUUUUAUUUUUAUUGCUUUUUAUGCUUUUUUGCAUUUCAUCUCAUAUUUGCUUUCAUUUACAUUUGCAUUGUUUUAUGUUAUUACCAUCUUUUUCUCUACACCAAGCACCUUAUCUUGUGUUUUUUUUUAUAUUAAUUGUUUGCCAUUAUGCCUUUACUAACUUCAACACAUUCUAUUUUCACAUUGUUUCACUGUUUUUUUAAUGCUAUUUUGUAGUCAAUGAAAAAGAUUUUCACUUUUAUAAUUCCAGUAUGUUUUUUUUGUCUUAUUGUUCAAGUACUAUAAACUAUCAUAACAACCUUUUCUAAUAAAUUGUUCUUGUGUACUACCACUUUACAGGCCAAUCUAAACAAUAACAAUAGCGCUCCCUGGAUGAAUCCUCAAUCGUCGAAUCCAUUCCUCUCGUAACAAGUUCCCACAACCCAGCUAGAGGUCCAUGGCGCAGUGCGCCCCUGGCAGCAUCCGCAGAACCUUCGUGCUCUCGACCCAACCAUUAGCAAGGGUGCAAUCAAAAUGAGCAUGUCAUGUGUAUGGAACAUGGAGCAAGCGCCGAAAGGGCGUUGAGAUACAAUCACAAGAGGGGGUGGGUAGUAGAUGAAAAACGGCGAGAAGAAAGGCACGGAUAACGUGAAAUGUAAACCUAACCAAACCAAGUUUUUAAAAAAUGGAGAGGGAGAACAGUAGCAGAACCCAGGAGGCAAUACGACACUAAACUCACACUAACCAACCAACCAACCAGGAAUAGGGUAGUGAAGCAAAACCAAGCAAACAGGAAUAGAAUACAUCGAGCUAGUUUUCUACGUUUCUAACCGGAACCGGAAAUCACCUUUAACGUAAGCAUCUGAAAUUGAGUGUAGAAAACCAAUUGGCAGGAUGAGAGGGGAAGACGCCCUCACCACAUUUUGAGUCAUUUACAUCUACAUACACACAUACACACAAACUUUCUCCUACAUGUGAAUUGUGCAACGGAAAUCGUAUUUCAAUAAGCUUACCGAUCAAUGCAGUCGCUGUUCUUGAGAAGGAAUGGAUCAGAAACACUGGGAAUGGAGAACAAAGCCAGCAACAAAAUUCUCCAAUUCUGUUCGCUAUAUUGGUGUACUGGCUGGCCAAUUUCACUUCACUGGAUUAUACCGCGCUCGAUGGUUUCCUCCAAAAAAAGACGUGAUUUCAGAUAAAAAGUUCCACAAUUUGUUGGAAGAAAGAGAGGAAGAUAUCGAAAGAAGAAAAAAGGAGAGGGAGAUCGAGACACUUGUUACUAAAACAACGAUUUUGCAGCGGCUGUAACAAUGUGUGUGUGUAUGUGUGUCGGGAGAACGACAGAACUGGCCGGCAGGAAGUAGGAUGGAAGGAAGGAUAGGAAGAAUUUAUGCAAAUUAAUGAAAAAUGCCUUAUACUAGUUGAAGAAAGAAGAAGAAAAAAACGAUGGAACCGCAAGGAGAGAGAGACUACAUUGUGUAAGCUCUUAAAAUAAUACUACAGCUACUACUAAAUGAUAAAUGAAACACUGAUACCACAACACACUAACCCCGGGAGGAAGAGGGGAACAUGUAUGUGCGCAAACAGGUUCUUUCAGGAUGCCUGUUUGCGUUUGUCGGGUUAAGAAAAGAAACGGAAGGUUAAUUUCGGGGAAAAUUAAGUUGUUCAGAAAAUUGGCACUUUUUAUUAGCUAGAUUACGGCUAGCUUCAUCGAAUUGUAUGAUCAUCGUUUGUUUGUUUUUUUGCUCCCUUCUUAACAGUUUACAUUGUCCUCAAAAGCAGCAUCUCCUUUGGGUCCACUUUCUUUUGAGCCUUUGUUCUAUUAUAUUGACAAAGUUGAAUUCACCGUAUUUGUUUAUGUUGAUCCCCAGGAAGUAUGAAUGUACACAGUUUAAUUUAUUAUAUUUGCUUCCUUGGAACAACUGACAAAAUGUGUGUGUGUGUGCGGGCGAGAGUUCGUGUCACGUGGAAGAGAUUUGGCGCAAAGCUCGCGCAAACUAUUGUGCUAUUAUCCUUUCUAUAUUCUGUUCUUGAGAUCUAUUUCCAUUUCUGUUUGCUACCUUUGGCUCCUUCCGUUUCAUUGCUCUUUAAUGUAUUAUUUAGCGUAAGAUAACGCAAAGGCCGGUCUUAUUUCAUUGGUUGGGACGGACUAUGAUUUAAAAAUAAAGGAAUCGAACAACAAUGAUAGUAAGUGGCACGGAGGAGGAGAAAAUUAGUGGUUUUCGUCAAUCGUCGAAGGACGUCGUGUGGUUGGCUAAUUGUAUUGAACCUUUUUCUAUUAUACCACCAGGCGAUGGGGGGAGAGGGGAGGGAUUGGACACGAUGCGUUAAGGGGAGGGUUAGGGGGGACGGAUGCGUCACACAAUUAUAUUGCAAACAUGGAACAUGGAACCUCCAACGAGUCUGUUGGGAAUUUUGUGUUCACUAGCGUGGGUAUGUGUCCGGUGAAAAGAAAGCAAACUCUUCAUCCUUUCUUAGAAUGAUACAGAAAAAAACAACCGAUUGUUUGUAUAGGGAUAAAAGGACAGGAUACUAAAACAAAAUGGCAAAAAGUAACAACAAACAAAAAAAACUAUAUAUACAUGAGCAAGUGAAAUUAUAUAUAUAUUUUUAAAAUUCUGAAUAAACAAAUAAUUGAUUUUCAAGGA